CUAUAUUCUAACUUCCCCCGCAGCUCUCUCGUUUGCUCCCGUCCUCUCUCCUCGCCAUUCUAGCUCCUGCCACGCUUUCCCCGAGCGAGCUCCCCAAGCUCUCGCCAUGGCAAAGAACACAUGCAAGCUCUGCUUCCGCCGCUUCGCUAGCCCCCGCGCCCUCGCAGGCCACAUGCGCUCCCACUCCGUCCGCAACCUGGCCGCGAAGCAGCAGAUCUCAUCGGCGUCCUCCGCGUCCACCUCCUUCACCGCCGCCGCCGACGACGACGUCAGCUUCAAGAAGCCCCUUCCAAUCUACGCGCUCCGGGAGAAUCCCAAGCGCAGCCUGCGUGUCACCGAUGUCGCCUUCUCGGAUCGCGAGAGUGAGGCCGAGUCCACCCCGCCGCACCCCAAGCGCGCGCACGCCGCCGCUGCGGGGGGCGAGACCGAGCCGCUGAGCUCGGUGUCCGACGCAGCCACGCCGGAGGAGGACGUGGCGCUGUCCCUCAUGAUGCUCUCCCGCGACUCCUGGCCGUCGAUGGGGCACGGCUACGGCGACGGCGACUACUCGGACGACGGGAGCGACGGCGGUUACACGCUCCCCGCCCCCGAUCCGGCGCCGGUGGAGAAGCGUACACGGUUCCAGUGCGGCGCGUGCAAGAAGGUAUUCCGUUCCUACCAGGCUCUCGGCGGUCACCGCGCCAGCCACGUGCGCGGCGGCAGGGGCGGCUGCUGCGCGCCUCCCGUCGCUCCUCCUCCUCCUCCUCCCCCGCAGCCGCUGGCACCGGUGACAUUGAUGGAACGCGAGGGGGACGAGGACAUGGACGGGAAGGGGUCGCCACGGGAGUGCCCCUACUGCUACCGCGUGUUCGCCUCCGGGCAAGCUCUUGGUGGGCACAAGAGGUCCCACGUUUGCUCCGCGGCCGCCGCCGCAGCACAGGCACAUGCAGCCGCCGCUCCGCCGGACCCGAUCAAAGCCUUUGGCAUGAUCGAUCUGAACAUCGCGCUGCCGUUCGAGGAAGUGGAGCUCUCUGCCGUGUCAGAUCCCCGUUUCUCCUCCAAUCCAGGUUCUUGAAGCAAGCAUUCCGGUAAUCCCAAUCGAGGAGGUGAUCCGAGGUGAGAUAAAUCCAUCCAUCCAUCCAAGAAACCAAAAGGUAGAAAAAAAGAGGAAGAGAAACAGAGAUAAGAAAGAACCAUCUUUGGUAGUUGUCGAUGGCAGUCAAUUUGCUCGUACAUUCGAUUCCGUUGAUCUGUUUUUACAGGAUUUUAAACUGUUGGUGUUCGUUUUGUUACUAUUCGUUUAAAAGCUAUGGAAUUGGUGUAGAUAA